GAGGCUAUAUCUAACCAUUAGCUUGGUUACAAUUUUGGGAUUUUGCUACCCAGGGCAAACGGCCUUGGCAUUGCCCUGGCUUACACUACGCUCGAUGCGGGCCUGAAUGGUACUACGUUCUUGAUCUCUCGUCCAAUAUCGUAGGUAAUUCGAACGCGAUUAUUUUUAUUCUAUAUUCGAUUGUUAACGCCGCAGUCUGCGUGAUAUUAAACACAAAACAUUGUUGAUUUUCAAUUUUCAUCGAUCAAUUUGGAUCGAUGAUCUCGCGUGACCUUACUUGCUUGUUUGUCAAUUCAGCCUUUUCUUGUUCAUAACGUGUUAUUCGGCGAGCUGCGUUGUCAUCGGUUGGAAACUGCGUCGGGAUUUUGAAUUGUUUCGUGGUGACUUUGUUGUUGUCUGAAAAUGAUGGAAGCAAACGAAAACGCUGCCUAUCCAGACAAGAAUCCAUUGGUUUUCUACUCAAACCCAGGCCAGUUGCAGGAGUUGGCUUGCAUCGCUACAAUAGCUUCCGUAUGGUAUCGUAAGAUGGAAACUAAUCAUGCUAAAAAGCUAAUAGAUGCAGAUUGCUCAGACUUCGCUAAGCUGCCUACAGUUCUCGAGCAAUUGACCAAAAAAUUCAUCUCGCAGAUGCGGUAUGAUUUCAAGGAAUGGUUCUACUUUCACCGCUGUAAUGUUUUUUCGCAUCGCAAUAAAGAUGGCCUCGUUUUCGAUAUAAUGGGGUUUAUUUCGUGGCGUGCCGAUGGAAAAAUUAGUUUUGAGCAAACGGCAAAAAAAAUGAUCAAUUCCGAUAUGUUGAGUGACAUUGAGAAAUACAGAAUCGCGUGUUUGUACUGUUUCGUCGACGAUGUCAGAAAACUGUGGCCGAUGGAGACUGUUGCUGAUCAUCCGCUGAUUCAGUAUUGGAAAUAUCGUAUGAGUGGCGAGCAGUUCGCGUUUGAGGUGGAUCCGGAGUGUAGCUGUAUCGAAGCAUCGUUGUUGAAACGCGAAGACGCUGAUACUCAGUCAGCGUUCAAGUAUCUUUGCGGAUUUUUAACCGACGAAGAACGAGUGGCAAUGGUUGUACAAAUAAGUGAACGCUAUAGUUUCUGCGAUCCUCAGCUAUUCUUGAUGGACGCGUUGUGUACAUUGAACGAACGUCAACUCGAGCAUACGGUGACCACGAAUGCUGAAAUUAUUUUCCGCUCAAUGGUACGCAAUUGGAAAGAUUUGGUGAUUCAAUUUUGGAGUCGCGUGAAAAAAGUGGUCACAAAUUACCAUUUCUACUCAAUCAUCCGUAAUUUUGUGUGGUUGGAUCGUAGAUAUAUCGAAAUGCGGGGAGUAUCGGCUUUCGAAGGAUACAAUUUAGCUUUCGAGAUGUGGAUCAGUGCACCGAAUGCGCUGAAGAAUUACAUACUGGAAGAAGAUUAUCGUUUGCAAGAAAUACUGAAACUGUUGUUCUGUUUCCUUAAGCAUGAGAGGUACCUUCUGCCGUUUCAAGACAUCAGAUUUUUGAUCGAGUUGUUGUCAUCAACGAGUCAAGCGAAUAGGUACAAAUUUUGGAUAGAAAAGUGGCGAGAAAUCCUCCGUACAAUAACCCCUAAGCGUACGCAACUGAUAAUUAAAUUGUGCCUUCAGAGUGAUGAUGCGAUCGCCUCUUUUAAAACGUCCCACUGGAGUAGUUUCUCACAAAUUGAAGAACACUGCUUCAAAAUGGUGGAAGAAGGACAUUUCAGUGAUCUGAGCGAUUUUCUUGAGUUAUGUUUCGACGAUCCGGUUGUGGUUUUCAAUCACAGAGUAAGCGUCUUGAAAUCGAAAAAACUGCUCAAACAUCUCCUCCUCGAUUAUGGCUAUCUUCCACUAGAAAAAUUGGAUUCGUUGGAAACAUUUCUGAGGGAGACUUUUCCCGAUACAAAUGAAUUAAACGAGUUCAAAAAAAACUUGAUCUUCGGCGAAGAGUCGAUGGAAUAUUUUCGGAGCUUGAUACAAAGCUGUCGUGUCGAAGUGUUCGGCCGUUUUGUCAGCCAUGUCAUGUCCUCGAUGCCCGAGUAUCCUUUGGCUAAAAGCAGAUUCUUGGAGUUGAGUCGUAAUUUCCUAAUCUUGGGUGAGUUGGAAUGCGAUUGGAGGAUUGAUCAUUGGAAUAAGUUCAUUAAAUGGUGUCUGAAUGACGAUGAUUCGGUUUUGGAGAACUUCAAGCUGUCGUUACCCGUUGAGCAGAUUUUCAACGUCUAUUUUGAGAAAUGUGUAGCGAGUGAAAAGCAAUCAGCAAAUUGGAGAAAUAAUCUUCAAAAUAUGAAAAUACUGGAAUGGGUGUCCCCUACGCACGAAGCUUUACAGAAUUUUAAACUUGGUAAGCUGAGCGUUUACGAAGAUAUCCCACGGAUCAGAUCGGUAUUCGAAUCGAACGAUGAGGAACUGAUUGAUAAUGUUUUGAUGUGGUUUUUCAACAAGGAUAAAGUGCAAGUGGGAGAGUUCAAAGCUUCUUUGAAACGUGCUAAGCUUCCAGAACUGAAACCUGAAAUGAGUAGUUCGAAUAGAUCCCAAGAGGAAAUUUCUGAAGCGUCUUCGUCCCCGGCGAAGUUGAGGAAAUUAAAGCGAUCUCAGUCGGAUAGUUCUGAUGUUUCUUCCUAGUUCCUAUCGUGCAAAGUUGCGAAAGCGAGAAACCGUCUAAUGCCAACUUUUUUCAAUUAAACGAAUAAAAAAAAUUAAUUGAAAAACUUGAUAAUUCGUUUCAUUUAUUUGUUUAGCUUGCAAAAAGAGCGAUCUGUAAUCGUUAAAAUUAUUCACCCAUUAUUUUUUAUCUAUUUUUUUUUUAAUUUUUCGAACAAUUUUUUAUGGUAUCUAUUUUUAUGAUUCGAAGUUUUGAUAUUGUGUUUUUCACACAUGUGGUUUUUACGUUCUGUGUAUGCUGAAGAUAAUUUAUGUUUGUGUGUUUUGAUGUAAAG